AUGUCGUUCAAAUUCGGUCUUAAUGUCAAAAACAAGGGCGCAAACCCACUGGCGAAAGCUGUUGCCAAGCCUGCUCUCGGAAAGAAGAAGAAGCCGCUCUUCGACGAAGAGGAGGAAGAUGUAAAGGGCAAAUCUAAAGCGGCAGAUGGCGUCCAGGAAAUCGGCGAGUUCAACUUCGAAGAUACCCUUGCGUCUGCCCCAGCAGACUCCUCAAACCCAGCGCCCGCAAAGCCAAAGAAAGGCCAAGCUCCAGCUCCUCCGUCCAAGAAACCCAAACCGAAAGAAGAUGAUCCCACAACUAUCGCAUACUCUGCCAGCGCCGCAGAAGCCGAGAGACGCGCACAAGAGGCAUUAGAAGCCGAUGCCACUUUGUACGAUUACGAUGCCGCCUAUGACGCGCUCCACGCAGUCAGUGCCGCCAAAAAAGCCGCUGAGCGCGAAAACGCUGCGGAACGGAAACCUAAGUACAUGGACGCGCUAUUCGAAUCUGCAGAGCAACGUAAGAAAGAUCAAUUACGAGCACGCGACAAACUUCUCCAGCGCGAGCGCGAAGCGGAAGGCGAUGAAUUCGCCGACAAGGAGAAGUUCGUUACAGGCGCAUACAAAGUCCAACAAGAAGAAACCAGACAAGCGGAAGAGGAAGAGAAGAGGCGGCAAGAAGCCGAGGAAGAGAAGAAGAAGAAGUUCGGUAUGCAGGGUUUUCACAAACAGAUGCUCGCGGAGCAGGAGCGACGGCAUCAGGAGGCUAUGGAAGCAGCGGCACAGGCACUGAAAGACGGUGUUAAACUCCCCGUCGAAGAAGCCGAGAAGGAGAAGACGGACGCUGAGAUUGUGGAGGAGCUACGCAAACAAGGCAAGAAUGUUAUUCUCAACGAAGAUGGCCAGAUAGCAGACAAAAGUCAGCUUCUCUCAGCAGGCCUCAACAUCAUCGCAAAACCCAAGCCCCCUCCUUCCGCCUCUGCCUCUACCGCCGCUGGAAACCAAACACAGCCAGCAUGGACAAAACCUAAGCCUGGUCGACAUGCGCAACGCGAACGGCAGACACAGAUGGUGGCCGAACAAAUUGAAGCGGCGAAUAAGCGGAAAGCAGAUGAAGAAGCUGAGGAACAGGCGAAACUGGAACAUGCACGGAAGAGUCAGAAGACAGAGAAGGAUAUCAGCAGUGCCAAGGAGAGGUAUCUGCAGAGGAAGAGGGAGAAGGAAGCUGCUGCCAAAGCUGCGGCUGGGAAGUGA